CCCCACUCACCGGUGGGACAGUGGGACAGGGACCAACCGCUGACACGUCCCAUGUCAGACAGGGAGGAGGAGCCCCUCGAAGGGAGGGAGCCAGCAUGCCUGCUAUGUCAGCGAUCAGAGGCUGACCAGGACAUCUGCGGGGAAAAACUCCAGAUAAAUGGGUUCUGUGUCCAUGAGUUCUGCCUGUUUUUUGCCAGCCACCUCCUUCACCACCCGGCUGAUCGAGUAGGACUCAGGAUUUUCCUCCCAAGGGAUAUCCUAGAUGUAGUCUCCCGGGAAGCACAGAAGAGCUGCUGCAUCUGUGGCCAGAGCAGGGCCACGAUCUCCUGCUGCGAAACAGACUGAGACCUGAACUUCCACCUGCCCUGUUCCAAGCAGGGACGCUGUGUCACCCAGUUCAUUACACCGUACAGGGCCUUCUGCCUCACACACAGCCCAGAACAGGCAGUGGAGGCGACUCCAGAGCCGGGCACCGAAUGUCUCAUCUGCAUGGAGCCUGUGGAGCACAGAAAGACCUUCAAUACCAUGGUGUGCCCAGCCUGCAAAACCACCUGGUUCCACAGGGACUGCAUCCAAGGACAGGCUCUGAGCUCUGGAUUUUUAACCCUCCGGUGCCCCAUCUGCAGAAACAGGCAGGAAUUUCUCGUGGAGAUGUUCACCAUGGGGAUCCGAAUCCCCUUCAGGCUACCAUCAUGGGAGAGCGACACUGCAUUCGAUGAGCUGGGAGAGAGACACAGGCACUGUGAUGCCAGUGAGUGCCUUUGUCCAGGAGGCAGGCAGGAGGCAGAGGAGGAGGGGCCCUGGCAACUGCUCCUGUGCUCCUCCUGUGCUGCCGAGGGCACCCACAGACACUGCUCUGGCCUGAAGGACAGUAUAACCAGCUGGGAAUGUGACGGCUGUGCUCGCCAGAGCACCCACAGACACCGCCGUGGCACGACAGUCUCCACGAACAACUGUGAUUGUGAGAGCUGUGCUGAGUAUCUCACAUGUAAGAAGCAAAGCACCUGAAUGCCCCUGGGUCAG